AAAGGAAGGUGGGCAGUGCAAUUUAAGAGAGAAAAUACUGAAAAAACAAAUUUCAGGACAAACACGGACACAAGCAGACCUGUGCAGAUGAUGAAACAGACAGGCUUCUUCAAUAUGGGAUACUUUGGGGAAUCUCAGGGGAAGAUUAUUGAGCUACCAUAUACCAACAAACAUCUAAGUAUGUUUGUGCUGCUACCUACUGACACUGGUGGCUUAGAGAAGGUGACUGAAGAGGCUGAAUCACUAGGACAGAAAUGGAAAGCCUCCAAGGAGGAGGGGCAAAAAGGCAAAGGAUUUAUAUUUCCUCAUGAUGGAUGCAACACCAGCCUCACUGACCAAGCUGUAAACUUCACCUGGAAAAAGCAAAAAGACAACUCUGGGUUUAAAAUGGAUUCUCUCAGUACAGCUAAUGUUGAAUUCUGCUUGGAUGUUUUUAAAGAACUGAGCAGCAACCAUGUUGGGGACAAUGUUUUCUUUUCCCCUGUGAGUUUGCUCUAUGCCUUGAGUAUGCUUUUCCUGGGUGCCCGAGGCAAUAGUGCAGCACAAAUGGGAAAGGUGUUUCACUUUAAUUAUGUGGAAAGAUCAUCAAAUCCAGGGCUUGGGAACUCUUCUAAGUGUGGUCUAACUGGAGGAAUACAUUUAGAGCUUCCAGCACUAUUCUCUCAGAUCAGCCGGUCGGAUAGUAAUUACACACUCAGCAUUGCCAACAAACUCUACGGUACAAAGAAUAUUGAAUUCCAUCCACAAUAUUUAAGUUGUUCAGAAGAGCUGUACCAAUCCAAGCUGCAGACUGUAGAUUUUGAGCAUGCCCCAGAGGAAACCAGGAAAACUAUGAAUGCUUGGGUUGAAAGUAAGACAAACGGAAAAAUUAAGAACUUGUUUAGUAAAGGAACAAUUGACACUUCUUCCGUCAUGGUCCUGGUGAACGCUAUCUACUUUAAAGGACAGUGGCAGAAUAAAUUUCAGGAAGAACAGACGACUAAAAUGCCCUUUAAGUUAAGAAAGGGUCAGAGUGUACCUGUGAAGAUGAUGCAUCAAACUGGAACAUUUAAAGUGGCUCUCAUAAAGGAACCUCAGAUGCAAGUGCUUGAGCUUCCAUAUGCUGGUGGAGACCUAAGUAUGAUUUUACUACUUCCAAAAGACACAGAGCAGGUAGAACAGAUUGAGAAACAGCUCAACUUGAAGACGUUUAAACAGUGGACCAGUUCUUUUAUGACAGAGAGAGAAGUUGACGUUCAGAUUCCCCGAUUCAAACUUGGAAUUAAAUAUGAGCUAAAUUCUCUGUUAAAAAAACUAGGGAUAAGAGAUAUUUUUGACCAUUCAAAAGCCGACCUUUCUGGACUAUCUCCAAGUAGAGACUUAUAUUUAUCAAAAGUUAUACAUGAGUCCUUUGUAGAUGUUAAUGAAAAGGGCACAGAGGCAUCUGCUGCAACCGGGGAUGUGAUUGUUGUAAAGAGGCUUCCCGUUCGGGUCAGGUUCAUUGCUGAUCACCCUUUUCUUUUCUUUAUAAAGCACAUUAGUACCAACACAAUUCUCUUCUGUGGCAGGUUCUCCUCUCCAUAAACAAGGUGGUGGUGGUAGUGUCAGUGAGGGUUAGACAUAUAUGAAAAGGCAUAUGGGUUAUUAACAUCCUUCUACCAUAUGGGGAGAGAAUCACAAGAUUACAAAGCAGCAUUUGUAUAGCUACUUCCCUCUCCCCAUUCUUCCCUUCUCCUGGUCCUUACUUGAUAACCUCCAGUACUGAUGUUGUCAAAGUAAUAAGGACAAUUUAAAGUGUUAGUUUUUCUCAGCUAGGUAUCUUUAGAUUUUGUAUAAGUCAAAAUAACCAUAAACCACACUCCUACCAAGAACCACAAAAACUUAACCCUGUUCCAGAAAAAAACUUCAUUAAGUACCUACUAUGUUCCAGGUAUUAGGCUGGGUGUUGUGGCUACAAAGGUGAAAUAGCUCACAUUCUUCUUUCAAUGCUAGCUAGCAGGGAGUUUGAGUUCUAGAAAUCUCCUUUAUUCAUGUGUAAAGAGGACAUUAUUGUUUUGGUUCCAAAAUGCCAUGCUGAUUAUUAAGAAAAGAAUGAUCUAAGUCUUAACUCCUUCGAUAACUUUUAAUUCUUGGAAGAAUUAAAUAUGAAAGUCAACUUUGAAAAUUAUAAUUUGUGUGUUUUCUUGUGAUAACUAAAAAAAUAGCAACGAUUGAAGGAAAAUCAUUGCUUAGGAGAGAAGUUGAGUGGUUUCUUUGUAUUUCUCCCACCUGGAAAGAAUAAAGAAAAGAGCAAGUUAUGAAUUUUCAGUACCUGAAGGAAGGAUGGCUGUUACCUUGGUAAUAGUAGAGCUGAAACAGUCAGCUCUACAAAAGCUUCUAAAAGAUGCCAAAGCUGCUUUUCUUUUCUUUUUUCUUUGCUUUUGCCAAUUUGGAGACAUGUGGAAAAAGGGAAAGAGGGGUACGGAUAAGA